AUGAGUGAUAAAUCAAAAUCUCCACCUGCACUUACCAAAAAAACAACCAAACCAAUUAUCAAGAUCUAAGUUUCAAAUGAAAAAAUAUAGACCAAAAAUUAUCAGCCUUCAAGAUUUGUAGUUGCUGAAAGAUUAUAACCUAUUACGUAUAAUAAUCUAAUUUCUUAAGUUACAAGACUCAAGAAGUAUUGAGUGAGUUUCAAACUAAGAUUGAAAGCACAAUAUUGAAUCCAAACCUAUUAAAAAGUGUUCAGCCUAGUUAAUAGAGAGUCAUUCAGGUAAUAAUUAUAUGCGAUGUUAUUUCUAGCCCAAAGAAUAUAAAAAGAAACCUCUACGGAGAUAGGAAAAUGAAAUGCAAAUGUAUAAAGACAUAUUUGUAUAACCAAAAGCAGAUGCAUUAUAAGAGUUAAAAGAAAAAGAGAAGGACUUCGAAGCUCUCUUUCACAAAGGUCAAGCCAAAUAAUAUGACAAAAUACUAAACAUAAAAGAGGAGGAAGAGAAGCAAACCAAGACUUUAUUAGGGUCUUUACUCAAUGAACAAAUCAUGAAAUCAACUGCUCCGAUGGACAAUAUAGAUUUAAAAAAAGAAAUCGACAAAGUGGCAUAGAUGGAUUUAGCAGUUCAACCUGAAACGAACUUUUAAUUUUUUGAUCAACAAAUUUCUGUAUAACCUCCAGAUCUUCCCAAUGCCAGUAUUGCUUCCCCCUUAACUCCUGGAAAUGGCUAUGCUCCUUCUAUUCCUUACACCCAUAAUGUCAAGGAAAAUAAUAGAACUAGCAUCAAGGAUUUGUUAGUGAGGGCCAAAGCAGGCAUGUAGGCUGGAGACAUACAGAAGGAAGCUCAUUUAUCCUUUUAUUUGGGAAUGGUUUAUGAAAGCAGCAAAAAUCAUAAUGAAGCUGUCAGAUUUUACAAAAAGUUUGUGGCUUGUGCUAAAUUGAUGGAGGAUAAGAUAGGAAUGGCUUUGGGAACUAAUAGAGUAGCAUUCAACUAUUACAAUACUGGAAAUUACACUAAGUCAAUUGAGUUCCAUAAACAAAACCUCUAAUAUUCAGAUUAAGAGAAUAUGUUCACUGGUUUUUAUAAUAUGGGGUUAGCUUAAAGAAGGUUAAGAAAUUAUGAGGAUUCAGUGGAAUAUUUUGAAUAAGCCUUGGAAUGGGCUCAGAAAAGAGAUGAAGCAGAAUCCUAAUGCAUAUCCUUUGGAUAAUUAGGAAUUGUUUAUUUGGAAAUUAAAUAGUAUCAAUUGGCUUAUGAGAAUUUUCAAGUAUUUAUUAUAAAUUUAAUAUGACAGAAUUGUUAUGAAUUAGCCAGAAGAUUAAAAAAUCAUAAAUUGCAAUUGGAGUGUCUCUUAAAUUUAAUUAAAAUAUCUGGAUAUUUACAAACUCCAGCUGAAAUAUAGACAGAUAUUUUACGAAAUGCAAUCUAAGUAUACUUGUAUCAAUUAUUUAUAAUAGUGUGCCAAUCAUUUAAGUGAAAAAUCCAUAGCUACUUUAUGUUUGUGUAAUUUAGGCGUUCUUGAAUCAAAGCCUCUACAACCUAUUGAAGAAUAUGAUGAUUUAGAAUAUGAAUAAUUUUGA